AUGGCUGGAAAAGGAAGCGACUCGCCUGCGAUCGGAAUUGAUCUGGGAACAACGUACUCGUGUGUAGCCGUUUGGAAGAAUAAGCGGAUCGAGAUCAUUCCUAACGAUCAAGGCAACCGAACCACACCUUCUGCCGUUGCUUUCGUUGAUGCAGAGCUUCUGAUCGGUGAUGGCGCCAAGAAUCAAGCACCUAUGAACUCUGCUAACACCAUAUUUGAUGCUAAGAGGCUGAUUGGAAGGAGAUUUAGUGAUUCCAAAGUGCAGGAAGACAUGAAGUUGUGGCCUUUUAAGGUCAUAAAAGGGCUUGCUGACACACCAAAGAUUGUGGUCACUUACAAAGGUCAAAAGAAGGAGUUUUUGGCCGAAGAAAUUUCUUCAAUGAUUCUUGCCAAGAUGAAGGAAAGCGCUGAGGUGUAUCUUGGAAAAGUUGUGAAGAAUGCUGUGAUAACCGUCCCUGCUUAUUUCAACGAUUCACAGCGUCAAGCUACCAAGGAUGCUGGUACUAUUGCUGGAUUAAAUGUCAUUCGUAUGAUCAAUGAGCCUACAGCUGCUGCGAUUGCGUAUGGACUAGACAAUACGUCUGAUAUUGUUGGCAAGAUAAACGUGCUUGUCUUUGAUCUGGGGGGUGGCACUUUUGAUGUUUCUAUAAUGACAAUUGAGGAAGGGGGUAUUUUUGAGGUGAAAGCUGUUGCAGGUGACACUCAUUUGGGAGGUGAGGAUUUUGAUAACCGAAUGGUGGAUCAUUGUGUUGAGGAAUUUAAGAGGAGAUGGAACAAGGACUUGACCGGGAACCAAAGAGCAUUGGGGAGGUUGAGAUUUGCUUGCGAGAAAGCAAAACGGAUGCUCUCAUGUACAACUCAGACAUCAAUUGAUUUGGAUAGCUUGCAUGAGGGAAUUGAUUUUUCUAUGAAAUUUAAUCGUGCUAAGUUUGAGGAGCUGAACAUGGGUUCGUUUAAUAAGUGCAUUGAGACUUUGGAGACAUGUUUAACUGAUGCUAAGAUGAAGAAAUCAUGUGUAGAACAAGUGAUUCUUGUUGGUGGCUCAACUAGGAUUCCAAAGGUCCAGCAUAUGCUGCGGGAUUUUUUUGAUGACAAAGAGUUAUGCAAGAGCGUGAACCCUGAUGAGGCUGUUGCAUAUGGUGCAGCCGUUAUGGCUGCAAAGGUAAGUGGUAUCAGUGAUAAGAGUGUUCAUGAUGUGGCGCUACGUGAUGUCACUCCUUUAUCACUUGGUGUAGCAGUAAGAGGCAAACUAUUAAGCGUUGUGAUCCCAAGGAACACUUCAAUACCUACUAGUAAUUCCAAAUAUUACUAUACAACUCAUGAUAACCAGUCUGUCAUUCCUAUCGAGGUGUAUCAAGGUGAAAGAUCCAGAUGUACAGAUAAUCAUUUGUUGGGCGAAUUCAGCAUUUCUGGAGUACCACCUGCUCCCAAAGGAGCCACUAAAGUUAUGGUUUGCUUUGAAAUAGACAUCAAUGGUAUCCUCACAGUCACCGCCUCGAUAAUAUCCACCGGUAAGAUGAAGAAACUUGUAAUUUCCAAUGAAAAUGGAAGACUCUCCAAAAAAGAGAUUGAGAAGAUGAUAAGUGAUGCGGAGAAGUACAAAUUUGAGGACCAAGAGUUCAAGAAAAAAGCGAAAGCGUACAAUGCAUUAGAGGAUUGUAUUUACACCAUGAAGAAUACGAUCAAAGAGCACAAGAUUGAGAAGACGAUAAGUGAUGCGGAGAAGUACAAAUUUGAGGACGCUUUAGAUGAAACAACCAAGUGGCUUGAGAACAACCAAGCUGCGCCUUACGCUGAGCUUCACCUUAAGAAGGUACACCUUGAAUUUGUUUGCGAGCCUUUGUUUUAUGUCUAAGAUUAUGGUUUUUGAACACUGGAAUCCCAGCUAGUAUUUAUCUUUUUGUUCCACUGAAUCUGAACACUUUAAUGUAUUUAUCUCUUUUUCCUUGUUAGGAUUUUUGGAAGUUGAUAUCGGUUCCAAUGAUUCAUUGAAACAGAAACCGAGUGGAAUGUUAUAUAUUAGGAAUAAUUAUGUUCA